AACCAAAAUAGAAUAAACUCUGGCCAAAAGUAACAUCACCUUAGAAGAAUAGAACUUAGGUUAGGUACAAUUGUCAUAUGAACGCUUGUUCGUGAGAUUUACUUUAUAUUUCUACCUCUUCUCAUACAGAGAAAUAGCACUUUUAACUUUGUCGAGGAAGAACCAAUAAAAUUAUAAUUCACGCUCUCCCCCUUUUAAUCGACAAUCACCAUCAGUUGCGAAAUUAACCUGGCCAAGUUUUACAAGUCUUGUUGUUUGUUUGGGCAAGAGCAAAGGCAAUUUUAACUUAAGUGUACACCUUGCAUUUCCGAUUCGGUCGCCCAUAAUUUACGUAGAAUCUAGAUCUACUCACAGUUUGAACAGGAGUAACACCAUUUCCACCUGAUGUGGCUGUGCUGUAAAAACUAAAUUUGUUCCCUCAUCCGAUCCAGACAUUGGGGAUAGAAUUGUUUGUGAGACAUCUUCCUGGGCCUUCGGCAUUGUCAGUACACGUGAUUGUCCACAGCUCACGAAUGGAGAAAGUAGUGGCGGCCUUGUUCAAAGUUGGAAUCGUUGCCUAUGGGCCUGCAUGUCUUCUGUAUGCUGUUGGUUUAUUUUCGGACAACUGGGUUGAGUUUCAAUUUGAGAAGCUGGGAAAGACAGGUUCCGCUGGCUUGUUUUGGGAAUGUGUUCUCGAGAACGCCACGAGCGAGGACACUGAGACUGAGCAUGGCCUUAAAGAGGGAGAUCUUUUCGUUGACUGGAAACGCUUUGACAACAUCGGUGUACCAGGGUACAUCCACGAGACUCGUUUGUUGAUGAUUCUUGGGAUGAUCUGCUUGUUGGCUGCCCUCGUGAUGGGUUUCAAGUAUCUGAGGCGCAGAUACUGUCGAAUUGGUUGCAUCCUGUUUACUUCCUUUAAAACUUGCGUAGUCGGCUGUUGUGGAGUCGGAUUUGGACACUUAGGUUUAAAUCAUUACCUUAAUGAAUACCCCAAGAGGCGAUACCCUGAAGCCACAACGGGCUGGUCGUACCGCACAGUUCUGGCCUCACUACACAUGACAGUUAUAUGUGCUGGACUCAUCAUGCUGCCUCGGGUAUACUGGCAAGUAUCAAAGUUUUUAGGUAUAAAGCCACUCAGGGAUCAUGAUCCAGACUCACUGGAGGAUGCUGAAGGCAAUGAUUCUGAUCCUGAAGCAGUGGACAGGCCCAGUGACAGAGUGGAAGAUGGACCUGGUGACAGAGCAGUUUCAAAUGUUGUGGAUGAAGACGUAGAAGAAAGAGCUUUGAGUGAAGCAGAAGGGAACCCCCAUGAUGUUUCCACAACACGUUCACUUCAUCCAAUCAAUGUAAAUGACAUAGAUCCAGAGGUUAGCCUUCGAGAUAGGUUCGCAAUUUCUUUUAUGUCACAUGUCCGUCCAACAGCAAAUUCCAGCACUGUCUUAGAUAGAAUCAAUGAACUCAGAGCUCAAAUACAUGAGCUCGAAGAUGACAUGUCUGAAUAUCAUGCAGCUGGAAGUUCCCACUCUGACUCUGAUUCCAACAGUGUCAAUGCACUUCCACACUCUGAUGAAACUGACCCCCCUCCAGCGUAUCAUCUAGUACAGGAUUCAAACCUUUCACCCCAACAACGCCGUGACAACACAACCUCCAUACCCCAAGAGCACAAUGACAGCUCUGCACCGCCAUCAUAUGAGGCUGUCAUCAGAGGUCUGUAUGCUAUAUAUUCCACUAUUCCUGCUACAGUCUCUGGGCCAUCUACUACCACCGUGUCUAUGCCUUCUGAUACUUCCGCUUCCUCUGAAACAAUUACUGAAGAAUUGCGUGCUUUGAGAGAACAUCUACCAGUACGGAUCUUGCCCACUCUUCGGUCCUGGUUACCAGGUCAUCUGUCUAGAAUAGACGGCGCUGCCUCUUCCAGUGAGUCACAAGACCCAGAUGUUGCGUCUGUGUCAGUUCGGGCAGGAGCUUGGUCUUCUCCCGAGCACAGAGACCCUGUUUUGUCUUCUGCUUCGUUCAGGAACACAACACCUGGACGGGUCUCAGAAUCAAGCAGUCCGUCUCAAGUCCAACAACCCCCAGCUUUUUAUGUGGACCCCCCACCAUCGUAUUAUGAGGCUGUGCAAUCGUAAGAUUUUUAUUCCCCACACAGCUGCAUAAUUUAGGAAUGUUUCAUUGAUCUGAGAAUGUUAAUAUAUUUUCUGCCUUAAGAAGUAACAUCUGAAGAAGGAUUAUUGGCUCUGGAAGCAUUUUCAGUUUGACAUUCAGAAAGAUAUUAAGUGAAAAUUCUGUUUGCUCUCAAAAGAGACUGGUAUCAAAAUGCCUCCACAAAUGUGAGAAUUACCAGAUGUUCUGCUUUAUAUAAAAGUGAUCAUGCUGCGAUACAAAAGUAGGUAUUGAUGAACAUGCUCCUUAAAGUAUGCAUAGUAUAAAUGGACUAGUUUUACCAACAGAAAGUGGAAUCUCUUUAUAUUUUUGUAUACUAAUGAGCUUCAGUGAUACAGAAAUAGUUCAUUAUUAUAUAUAUAUAUAUUUGGUGCCAUAUUUUCCAUUCGAACUUUUUGCCUUUAAAUGUAUAGAAAACAUUUUAGGGAAGUAAAUUUGAAGUUCCUGCAUUAACAUUUUUCAGCACGCAGAGCGCAAAACAUUUGUCCCCAAGUACCAUGAAGCAGAUAAGGUACAUCUAUCUGGAUCUCAGAAAAAAAGCGCCCCGAACAUUUUUUAAUUUUCAGCACUUGGAGAAGUUUUAACAUGAUGAUUUCAUCUUCAUCAAAAUGGGAGACAGAAUCGGAACUAAAAACAUUAGAUGUAGCACAUUUAUCACCCAAAUUCUCAUCAUGACAGCGCUAUAGCAGCACUCAUGUUAGAUCUGCUCGACAUUUUUCAAAGAUUUUGGCUCUUUUGUUGUAAACAAACUGAUUUUCACUCUCGAAGGCCACACGAACCAUUCAGGAAGAAAUUUAUAACUUUAGCAAGUGUGCAUGUCAAAAUACAGAUCAUUGCAACAGCACACUUCUUUCUAUAUCAUGCUAGUGCCAAUCGGAGUCCUUUGGGGAAAAGAGACAGCUUCUUACCAGAGUCGCUUGGUGUAGGCCUACCAUGGAUGCAGUUAAGGUUGUGAUUUCUCAGAUUUGGAUUUAGGAUUUAAGUUUAUAAAUGUAAGACUAUUGUCUGCAAUAUUUAAUAUUUUCUCAAUCAAUUGUUGUGAUAUAAUGUGAUCCUUGUGCAUAAUAUGUGUAAAUGUUGAGAUCUUUGGAUACUUUUUCUGUGCAGAAGCUAUUUUCAGUAGUACUAUCUUACACUCCAUAUGUGUGUAUGUUGAACUUAUUGUUGCUGUGGCCAAAACACAUUCCUUGUAAUAUAUAUUUAUUCUGGAGCCUAAAACAAAUAAUAUGAUGACAAUCGCUGGGUAGGCGGUAAAAUGAGUUUCCGUUAAUUUAAUUCUUUUGACGAGCACCUGAAUUCACAAUAAUAUGAUGCCACAAUGAUUCAGUGCCUGUUAUGGGAUUUAUUUACCUCUAUUAUUUUUAAGAAUUAUAUUUUUACCUUGGUUACUCAUUGAUUGCGCAAAUGUGUCAUAUACUACUUCUACUUUCACCGGAUUCAUAUUCUUAAAAAAUUUCUUUUUUACUCUACUUAACCCCUUCAAUGUGCUGUUGGCUUACCUGGUACACACAGAGCUUAAUACUUAGCUGCUGUGGGCGAACCUGGUAUUCCCUUGAAAACCUGUGUUUUGUUUUGGUCAUAUAUCUUCUCUUUUAUAUCGUUUUGAAUGAAGACAGUUUUAUCCCUGCUUUAGUGUUCUCUUGCCGGUGCAGAUAUAUGUCUCUCUUCUCUGUAUGGAAUACGCAUGUGAUUAUGACUAGAACGAAGAGAGGUGUGUAUAGUGUGUUUGGAACGAAAGAUAAAGCCAGCUCACCAGUAGCCAGUUGCAUCUGAGCAGUUCUUGUGUGCAGACCAAACUCACCACCAUGGCUUCGCAAAAGUUGACCACCGAUCAGGCUACUGCUGAAAUGUACCAUGAUGCAGAUAGCGAUGAUGAGAAUUUGAGUUCUUGAGAUCAAGGUCUACAUCAUCAUUUGCAAGAUUGAACAAGGUGACAGCGAUCUGAAUUGUA